AAACCCUACCCGAAAAAUAAAAAGAAAAAGGAAAAUUUUUCCCACUUCAUCUUAAAUACACUCAGCUACCUACUCCAAAAUUACCUUCUGAAAAAAUGGCGGAACUUGAUGCCGGUGCCGAUAAAACAAAAUAUAACACCGUUUUCAUCGAUACAAAUCUCGACACUCGUCUCGUGACAGUCGUCUCCGAUUCCGAUACCGUUCACGAUCUUAAACGUAUUACGAGGAAACUAGUGUUAGAGCACCAUCGGUGCUUUCCUGAAUUUGGAGAUGUUAAUGUUCGUUGUUUGAAGGUUAAACGGAGAGGAAACUUCUAUCACUUGGUAGACUCUAUGCUUGUUAAGAGUGCAUUCGGGGCUCCUAAAAAGGAUUGGUUCGUCACAGUAGAAGCUUCUCGUCCAGAGCAAGAUGGUGUUCGACAUAUGGAUAGACGUCAUGCUGGGGAUCAAUUAGCCUUGCCGUGGGUAACAAAUAGCCGAUCAGUAGAUAGACAUGAUAAUCAUGCAGACAGAACAUCGAACCUGUCUCUUGAUUGUGGGUCACCGUCAAUGCAUCCCGUAAUUGCACCGUGUCUGAAUCUGAAAGUUCCUAGCAGUGAUAAGUUUACUUCUGGUGAUUCUUGUAAAGAUGUUUCACACAAUAUCGGGGAAGAUAGGUCUACUAAUGAUGAUGGUUGGAAAAAUUCAAAACCAGAUUCAAAGAAGCGGUUAGACACAAAAGUGCAGGAGGAGCUUCUUACCGUAAAUAAGACAAAAUCCAAGAAAAGAACACGUGAAGUGCAGAAUAAGAAGUCACUUGAGGAUGCUGCAGGAUUUGGACCAUCUGUGAAGAAACAAUGCAAGACACAAAGACUAGAAGGCAAUGUAAAAGCUUUAGAAGAGGACGUUGCUUCAAAAUCUGGUACUGGAAAGCUAAAACACAAGGCAGCAAGCAAAAUCGAUGAAAGUUUAUAUGAACCCGAAUUAGAAAGUAAAGAUUUGGGUGAUGAAAAUACUCGAGGUGAAAACAAUACUGCUCCCAAUCAAGUAGGCACCAGUGUCCCUUCCAUUGUAGAAAAUGUUCAAGCAGAGACGCAUUCUCCAAAAAACACAAAAGCAAGUGAAACUGUUCCUGAAGCUGCAAUGUCUGUGGAAAAGAAUUUCCAGCAAGAGAUGCCUUUUGGAAUAUCUCAGAUGGAGAAAGACACUGAACUUCUCCAACAAUCAGCUGUGGACAAUGAAAUACCUUCUUCGUCAAUGAUAACUGUUACAGGCCAUGCGAAAGCUGCAGAAUGUUCAACCAAACAAAAAGCAGCUGAAAAGGAGGUGUCUUCUACAUCUUUCAGCAAAGAACUUCAUAACGUCAACAUGGAUACCAUGGAUUCAUCCCAUAAAGAUUUAGGAUCAACGGGACAGGACUCUCCAGCUGGUGUGGUUGAUAAGCAAAAAAAAGAAAGAGUUGAAGGUAAGAAGAGAAAGUACAAAAACUCUGUUGUAGAAAGCCAAGAUGAAUUGCUAGUGAAACACGCUGAUAAUGUUGUGGGUCAUAUUUCUUCAACUGUUCCUGCUCGAGUCUUUGAUGAGAAAAGUGUUGAUGCUCCUGAGAUAACUGGUACAGGCCAUUCAAAAGCUGCAGAAUGUUCAACCAAACCUAAAGCAGCUGAAAAGGAAGUGUCUCCAACAUCUUUUAGCAAAGAACUUCAUAACAUCAACAAGGAUGCCAUGGAUUCAUCCCAUAAAGAUGUGGGAUCAACAGGACAGGACUCUCCAGCUGAUGUGAUUGAUAAGCGUAAGAAAGAAAGAGGUGAAGGUAAGAAGAAAAAGUCCAAGAAGUUGGUUGUAGAAAGCAAAGAUGAAUUGCUAGUGAAACAUGCUGAUAAUUUUGUGGGUGAUAUUUCUUCAACUAUUCCUGCUCGAGUCUUUGAUGAGAAAAGUAUUGAUGAAAAGAAGAAUGACAAGGAUGCUCUAUCUAGUGCUGAAAGGAAUGAAGUUUCAGAAAAAACAUUAAUGGAUGAUUCUUCUGGGUAUGCCACUAAGAAAGGUGAUGUUAUAUUUGCGAAAGAGGUGGAAGUAUCAGAACCAACUGAGAGCAUGGAAGAACAUUUGAAGAAGCAAUCAAAAGAUACCAGAGGAGAUAGAAAAGCAAUAAAAAACGUUGGAAGAGUUUCCUUAAGAAUCGAUGAGUCUAUUGUGAAGCAUACUAGUGAUGCUACAACUGCAACAAAUGAAGAAAAACUUUCCCCUCGUUUUGAAAGGAAAGAAAGUGUGGAGAUGAAUAUUGAUGCUUUGCCUGUUGAUCAUGGUAGAAAUGAUGAUAUUAUGAUGAACAAUGAUGUUGAAUCUUCAAAAACUGAUAAUGAUGCAAGUAUAGUUAAUGCCAAGGGUGUUAAUGAUAACUCGGAGAAGCAGAAUGAGAAGAUGGAUGAUGGAACUAAGAAAAGCAAAACAAAAAAGAAAGCCAAAAAAUCUGCUGGAAGAAGUGACAAUGGUGCACUUGUGGCAAAUGAGGAAAAACUAUUGCCUCAAACCGAAGGGAAUGAAAAUAUGGAGAUGGCAUCAAUAGAUGCUUUGCAUAUUGAUCAUGUUAGAAAUGAUGAUAUUCCAUUGAGUAAUGAUGUCGAGCUUUCUAGAACUGAGAAAAAUGUGUCUCAAGUUAAUGCUGGAGGUAUCACUGAUGAAUUAGAGAAGCAGAAUGAGAAGAGGGAUGAUGGUACAAAGAAGAGUAAGAAAAAGAAAACCAAAAAGUCUGCUGGAAGAAGUGAAGAUACUGGGAUUGUGACAACUGAGGGAAAACCUUUGCCUUCAUCUGAUAUCCCAAAGGAUAAUUCUCAUGCUAUUGACUUCUUGCGCUACUUUGUUCCUCAACCAGAAAAUAGUGCUCCUACUGACAUUGGGGAAGAUGGGAAAGAUGCUAAAUUGCCGAGGGAGAAGAAAAAGAAGAAGACAGAAGUACCGUCUUUUGUGGAAACUGAACAUGAUCUACAGCAAUCACUAGCUUUACAUGAUAACAAGCAGAACAGAGAGCAAGAUGAUUCCAGGGAUGGUAUUGCCAUUCAGGCUCAGAAAUCUCUUUCAAGAAAAGAAAACAACAAAGCUUUGUUAUCUUCAAAAAAGAUAUCUGAAGUUGCUAAUGAUGUAGUAAAAGAUCAAAAGACCCGUAAUAUAGAUGAAGUAAAAACUCCAAAAGCGACAAUAAAGAUUGAUGCCAGCAGGGCCCCUAAAACCAAGACUUCAGAAGUAUCUAACGGUGUAGUAAAAGAUCAAAACACCCGUAACACUGAUGAAGUAAAAACUCUUAAAAGGACAAUAAAAGUUGAUGCCAUCAGGGCCACUAAAACAACACAGGCUAGUAAAGGAAGCAGAGGACCAUCACCUGAAUUAAGCUCAAUGUCAGAAAAUCUUGGCAGAUCUUUUCCCGAUAAAAAGAGAAAUCAACGGCAGUCAACUCUGGGCCAUUCUCACUUUAAUUCCUCCAAGGAAAGUGCACCAGCAGUCAAGGGUUUGUUACGUACACCUGGAGCAAUAUUUGGGGAUGAUAGUGAUGAGAGUUCUGCUGAUGAUAAUGCAACUGUAGGUUCAGAUUCCAGUACACGCACUCCCUCAAGAAGGUCAUCAUCAUCAGAGGAAAGUGACAGUGCUUCUAGUGUAGACACAAGGAAAAAUGUCGUGAAAAGAAAGGGCGCUUAUAGCAAGAGCACUAUGAACUCACGGAGUUCAGAGACGAAAUCAAUGUCUGAUCUUUUAAGAAGUUCAUCUAGAUUCAAGAAAGCCAGGUUCAGUGCAUCACAACAGGUGGGCGAUUCAGAAAGCCAGCCCGUGGACUUCGUUCCUGAGAGUCAACUAUGAGUAAGAUAUAAGUUAAGUGGUAACUCGGUCUAAAAUUUCUAUUCCAGCGUAAGUGCCAAUACUAUAGUCCUAGGUCUGGGAUAUGCCUGUAUAACAAGGCAAGUUUUUGCCUGCCUGCCAAUUUUGUUUUGGGAACUAUUUUGAGAUAUGUUUGGUUGCAUCUUGUUUUGACA